ACGGUUCCUGCCAACUUCGCACAUUCUGCGGCGUAUAAAAGGCGCAGCCUCCUCCCUCCGUGUGCCACUGCAGUGCGAGCCCUUCCCGCGGUGCGAUGAGUUACAGCCUGGACACCAUGCUCAGCGCCAGCUCUUACCGCAGGGCGCUGGGGGGAGAUGCGGCCCGUUUGGCCACCUCCCGCUCCCCGGCCUCGCUCUCCAGCAGCGGCUUCUACUCGCACAGCUGGUCCCGCAGCGUGGGCUCGGCGCCGUCCUCCAAACGGGCGGCGGCGGGCGGCUUCGGCUCGCAGGUGACCGUCUCCGGCGACAGCCUGGGCGAGACGGCGCUCCUGAACGGCGAGGCGCGGGCGCGCAACGAGAAGGAGCUGCUGCAGGCCCUGAACGACCGCUUCGCCACCUACAUCGACAAGGUGAGGAGCCUGGAGCUGCAGAACAAGAACCUGGAGGCCGAGGCGGCGUCGCUGAGGCAGCAGCAGGCGGGCCGCUCCGCCAUCGGGGAGCUGUACGAGCGGGAAAUCCGGGACCUCCGCACCCUGGUGGCGCAGGUCAGCCACGACAAGGCGCAGCUGCAGCUCGAGCAGGAGCACCUGGAGGAGGACAUCCAGCACAUCCGGCAGCGGCACGAGGACGAGAGCCGCCUGCGCGAGGAGAUCGACGCCAGCGUCCGCGCGCUGGCCAAGCACACCGAGGACGCCGGCCUGCUGAAGCUCGAGCUGUCCAAGCGGCUGCAGUUCCUCAGCGACGAGGCGUCCGCCAUGCGCGCCGGCCACCAGGACGAGGUGCGCGAGCUGCUGAGUCAGAUCCAGGGCUCGCCGGUCACCCUGGAGGUCAGGGACUCGCUCAAGUCGGACAUCACCGCCGCCCUGCGCGAGAUCCGCGCCCAGAUGGAGGGCCAGGCCGUCCCCACCACCAGCCAGACCGAGGAGGUCUUCAGGGUCAAGCUGGAGAAGCUCAACCAGGCCGCCAAGGUCAACACGGACGCCAUCCACGCGGCGCAGGACGAAAUCCUGGAGUAUCGCAGGCACCUGCAGUCCAAGAACACCGAGCUGGAGACCCUGAAAGGAACCAAAGACUCCCUGGAGAGGCAGAUGUACGAGAUGGAGGACAGGCACAAUGCAGACCUCUCCACCUACCAGGAAGCGGCCCAGCAACUGGAAAACGAAUUGAGGAACAUAAAGUGGGAAAUGGCCGCGCAACUCAGGGAAUACCAAGAUUUGCUCAAUGUUAAAAUGGCUUUGGAUAUCGAAAUUGCAGCCUACAGGAAACUCCUGGAAGGUGAAGAGUCAAGGUUUAUUGGGACACCUCCCUACCCUUACAUAGAUCAUAAAGUUCCUACAUUGCCAAACCAUAUUAAAACCAAGACUGUAGAAAAGCUCAAGCCAGAGGACAAAGGUAAAGAUCUUGUAGGAGAACAAAUGGAUGAAAAGACUGAAGAAACAAUCAAAGAAACAGAAAAGGCUGAAGAAGGAAAGGAAGAUGAGGAGAAAGCUUCAAAGGAUGAUGAAAAGGCAGAAUCUGAAGGAGCAGCAGAGGAAGAGGCUGAAAAAGCAGAGAAGAGUGACGAAGAAACAAAAUCUGAUGAAGAAGCUGUGAAAGAGAAAGACACAACGACUGAAGAAGUUGAAGAGGAUAAAGCAAAAUCAACUGUAAUUGUCAAAGAGAAAGAAAAAAUAGUAGAGGAAGAAGACGAAAAGGAGCAACCAAAGAAAAAGCAAGAAGCAGAUUCUACCAAAGACCAAAAGGAACCAGCAGACAAAAUUAAACCUGUUGAACCUACUCCAAAAGUUAAAGAAGAUAAGGAGAAAGACAAAACAGAAGAGGAGGCAGAACCUAAAGAACCAAAAGUAGAAAAGGAAAAAGUGGCCAAGGAACCUUCUAAAUUAGAUGACGUUGAAAAAGAAAAAGAAGCAAAACCAAAACAUAAGGAUGAAGAAAAGAAAGAUACAAAACCAGAGCCCAAACCUGAGGAAAAGAAAGAGGUGAAACCAGAGCCCAAAGCUGAGGAAAAGAAAGAGGUGAAACCAAAACCCAAAGCUGAGGAAGAGAAAGAGACAAAACCAGAGCCCAAAGCUGAGGAAAAGAAAGAGACAAAACCAGAGCCCAAAGCUGAGGAAAAGAAAGAGACAAAACCAGAGCCUAAAGCUGAGGAAAAGAAAGAGACGAAACCAGAGCCCAAAGCUGAGGAAAAGAAAGAGACAAAACCAGAGCCCAAAGCUGAGGAAAAGAAAGAGGUGAAACCAGAGCCCAAAGCUGAGGAAAAGAAAGAGAUGAAACCAGUGCCUAAAGCUGUGGAAAAGAAAGAAACAAAACCAGAGCCUAAAGAUGAAGUUAAAGAAAAGAAAGGCACUUCUGUACCAGAGUCUAUGCCUCAAGUGAAGAUCGAAAAAACAGAACCAUCAAAAGAAGAAUCAAAGAAAAGUACAAAAGUAGAACCUCCUACACCAGAUCCCACAACAAAAGUAAAGGAAGCUGAGAAAACAGAAGCUAAAGACGAAGUAACCGAUCAAAGAAAAGAGAGUAAAAAAGAAACAAAGGAUGAAGUAACAGAAACAGUAAAAAAAACAGAAGUGAAGAAAUCUGCCCCAGAAUCAACUAACAUUCAAAAAGACAAAGAAGCAGUAAAAGAACAAAUUAGUAAGGAAUCUGUAAAGGCAAAAGUAUCUGAAGUUAAGGAAGAAACACAAGUUAAAGACGACAAAGAGGGAAAGUCAGAAAAGUCUUCCAGGACUAAAGAAGAGACAAAAUCAACAGACAAAACUAAAAAAGCAGAGGAAUAAAAGGCAGAACGAUUGUAUUGUGGAGACAAAAGAAUCACCAAAGAAAUGCUAGCUCAAGGAAAGAAGUGAAUAAUAUGAAAAAGUGGUUAUGAUAAUAUUGUACCUUGUUAUGAUACAAGGGUCAGGUAAGCAAUAGGUAUUCACAAAAGAGGCAGUCAAAUGCAUUAUGGUAACUUAUAGAGCAGAAUGUGAUGUAUGCUGAAUGCUAAGCACUUGCACUUGAAGAGUGUGAAUCAUUAUCCUGCCUCAGUAAUAAGUGCAUUUAACAUGACUGAUCAUAUGAGGUAUAUCACCUAAAGAUAAAGUUUAUUUGCUGAUUUAUGUUAAUCAAUUAACACAACAGUCAUGAAGAUAAAACAUAUCCUCCAUCUAAAAUGUGCACCAAACAACUGUCAAUUAUCACAAUGUGCAAUAUAUAAAUAAAGAGCUUAACAGAUACAAUGUGCCUCUGAAGUAUGUAUGACUACCAAUGCAUAUUGACAUAAUUAAAAAUAUGUAUAAUGAUAACACAAUAAACAAUUGCAUUUUUUUUUAAUAAACAGCAAUUUUGUUCUAGGAA